AUGGAAUUGCAUUUACGUGGACUUGAAAAUUUAUCGGAUGAAGAAAUUACAAAGUUGUUAUUGCUGGAAGACGAUGAAAUUUUACACACUCACAUCUCUCCUCUGUUGAAGUAUUAUGGAAAAUUCUUUUGCAAAGAACCAAUGAAUAAAAAAAGAGGCAGAGGGUGGCACAUUAUUCGGAAACAAAUCUAUGAAAAUGAGAGAUCAGCUCAUGAUGCACAUGUAUUAUCAACAGCUAUUCGAGAUGAUCCUAUGUUUCCUAAACCUCCAGAAAAUAUGUAUUAUCUUGUAGAUUCUGGAUAUGCGAAUAGACGUGGAUAUUUAGCUGCAUGCCGAAAACAAAGUAGCAGUGGCACACGAUAUUAUCUCCAAGAGUUUUUGAAUGAAGAAGCAGAAGCAGGAACAUAUAUGAGAACUGUUCGUAAUGAAAUUGCUAAAUUUAUGUGGUUGAAGAAAAGAGGUGGAAGUCAUCGUCAUUAA